AUGUUCCCUGAACAUCCCCCUCCCAUCGCCUCCACUUCCCCCUCCCGUCGCCUCAUCUUCCCCAUCCCGUCGCCUCAUCUUCCCCCUCACGUCACCUCAACUUCCCCCUCCCGUCGCCUCCACUUCCCCCUCCCGUCGCCUCCACUUCCCCCUCCCGUCGCCUCCACUCCCCCCUCCCGUCGCCUCCACUUCCCCCUCCCGUCGCCUCCACUUCCCCCUCCCGUCGCCUCCACUUCCCCCUCCCGUCGCCUCCACUUCCCCCUCCCUUCGCCUCCACUUCCCCCUCCCGUCGCCUCCACUUCCCCCUCCCGUCGCCUCCACUUCCCCCUCCCGUCGCCUCCACUUCCCCCUCCCGUCGCAUCCACUUCCCCAUCCCAUCGCAAGCACUUCCCCCUCCCGCCCCCUCCACUUCCCCUUCCCGUCGCCUUCGCUUCCUGCUCACUCUCUCCCCACUGUCCCCAUUUCCCCUCCCCACCCUUCCCCGCCGCCCGUCCGUGGGCAGCAAAGUGGCGUCCCUUUUGCGCCAUCGUGAUCAAAGCUCCUUCCGUCGCCACCCUAUUCUUCCCCUCGCACCUCCCCUCUCCUCACCUCAUUUCCCUCCUCUCCCCUUCCCUCUUCGUUCCGCCGCAUACUCUCAUAGCCUUGCGUCCCCUACGUCCCAUAGGCUCUCUGUAUCCUUCUCUCCUUUCCGCCCCUCCGUGUGGGCUCCCCCUCUCCAACAUUCACUGCUGUCCCGCUCCCGUGCCACGGCGAUCGCCAUCAAGGCGAGUGGCGAUCUGGCGGCACUUGCGCGUGUUUUACGCACAUGUGGCAAUGAGCGAGGCCCCCUCUCCCUCUACCCCACACUCUUGCUUCCUCACCCGGGCUCCCCCUCACUCUUUGCACGCUGCUCUCUUCUUCCCACCCAAUUUCUUCCAAUCGUCAUUGCAAGCACCGACAAGAACAAGCCACCAAGUCCCUGUUCCAAGGCCCCUCGCUUCUCCUGACCCUGCUGCCGAGCCUGUUCCCAGACCUGCCUCCGAACCUGAAGCUCAUGGCAAGAGGGAGGGAAUGACAGCGGGUGAUGGUCUUACCCCUACUGCCCCCCUUCUUACCCCCUCGUCCUCUCCUCUCUCCUGCAUUGGUGCAUGUGUCCUGUUUUGUCUGUGGAUGCUGUGGGCAGCAGAGGAGGAACUAUACGGGGAGAAGAUACUUUCAGUUGACAGCCUGACCUCAGACUUCUAUUCUAUGCUCUCAUCUCACCUUUCCAUUCUCCCCUCCCUCCGUUCUUUAACUCUAUCCCCUUCCACCUCCUCCCCCUUCUCUGUUUGUUGUGCGCUGACUUCUUCUGCCACACCUGGUUCCAUGAGGUGCGGUUGGUGGGAGGCAUAG